UACAACAAAGGCCCGGCCCAACUAUCGAGCCAGGGAAACCCUAACCCCCCCAGAGCUAUAAGGCGCCGCCAGCGCCGCAUUUCCCAAACCCUAGCGCCACAACCAGACGGCAGGUAAGGGAGGAGGAGGAGGAGAGCGGCGGCGAAGAUGGUGUCGCUGAAGCUGCAGAAGCGCCUGGCCUCGAGCGUCCUCAAGUGUGGCAAGGGCAAGGUCUGGCUCGACCCCAAUGAGGUCAACGAGAUCUCCAUGGCCAACUCCCGGCAGAACAUCCGGAAGCUGGUAAAGGAUGGUUUCAUCAUCAGGAAGCCUCAGAAGAUCCACUCCAGGUCUCGUGCAAGGAGGGCACAUGAGGCCAAGCAGAAGGGCCGUCACUCUGGAUAUGGUAAGCGUAGGGGUACCAGGGAGGCUAGGCUCCCCACCAAGAUCCUGUGGAUGCGGAGGAUGCGCGUCCUGAGGCGCCUUCUGCGCAAGUACCGUGAGGCCAAGAAGAUCGACAAGCACAUGUACCAUGACAUGUACCUGAAGGUCAAGGGUAACAUGUUCAAGAACAAGAGGGUCCUCAUGGAGAGUAUCCACAAGUCCAAGGCUGAGAAGGCAAGAGAGAAGACCCUCUCUGAUCAGUUUGAGGCCAAGCGCGCCAAGAGCAAGGCAAGCAGGGAGAGGAAGCAUGCCAGGAGGGAGGAGAGAUUGGCUCAGGGCCCCAGAGAUCAUGCACCAGCACCAGCGGCUGCAGCUCCAGCUCCAGCUCCGGCAGCAGCGGCACCAAAGAAGGCCAAGGCCAAGAAGUGAAGGUCUGACAUGAAGCUUUAGCUUUCUGGUAUUAUGAAGGGUUAGCCUGAUUUUGGAGCAUCUGAAGUUCAUAACUGUUUUCUGUGCAAUAUCUGUGUGCCGCGUCUGAGAUACCUUAAAUAUCAUAUCGUGUUUGUUCUGUUGGAUGUUUCAGAGAUGCUUAUGCAGAGUUUCUUUAAACAUUUGGGUUCACGGAACCUAGUUUUACA